UUCGAUUCCGUUCACACUAAUAAAAAUAUAAAACUAAAAUAAUUUUCUCUACCAUCUAUAAAUCCUCGGUAGACCUCUCACCAUCAAUCCAUCUUACUGAAAGAGUAAGAGAGGAAAAAUUAAAUAGACAAAAGAAAAUGGAGAGUGCUAAUGCAUACUCAACAAUGCCAAUGGAAAAUGUUAAUGAUGUGGGCCUUAUUAAUUUCAUUGACGAGGAAAACUUUGAUCAGUUCAUUGAGCUCAUUAGGGGUGAAACUGCUGACCCCAUUGUUACGUUUUUCCCAAACAAUGAUUGUGAGCACAUUACUGGUUGUUUCUCUGAGGCCAAUGUCCAAUUUGAGCCAGCAUCCACAGAUUUCUUUGAUUGGAAUGCUACAAACAUGUCUGAUCCUAUUUCGUUGUAUGCUUCCCUUCCUAAAGAAAUGAAUCUUAGGGAAGAAGCAGAAGAAGAAGGAGAAGAGGAAGAUAACGAUUUUGAUGAAUCUUCGGCAACAACAACAACCACCACCAGGACGGUGUCGCCGGCAACGCCAACAAAGAAUAGCACGAGGACUGACCGAACUUUGGUUUCUGAGCGAAAAAGGAGAGGAAGAAUGAAGGAAAAGCUUUACGCCUUGCGUUCCUUAGUUCCUAAUAUUACAAAGCUGGAUAAAGCCUCCGUAAUUGGAGAUGCAAUACUAUACGUACAAGGGCUGCAAACAGAAGCUAAGAAACUAAAAAUAGAAGUAGCAGGUCUUGAAUCAUCACUCAACGGAAUGAACGAUAAUAAAGGUGGAGCAUUUCAAAAUGCUAAGAAAAUGAAUUUCACGAGCUAUUAUCCAGCAAUCAAGAAAAUAUCAAAGAUGGACGUUUUCCAAGUAGAAGAAAAAGGAUCUUACGUGAGAUUAGUGUGCAAUAAAGGGCGACAUGUUGCAGCUUCUCUAUUCAAAGCUCUUGACUCUCUCACUGGAUUCUACGUUCAAAGCUCCAACUUGGCUACUUCUUCAGAUGAUUAUAUUUUGACGUUCACUCUUAAUGUAAGAGAAUAUGAGGUGGACAUAAACUUAGGCAACUUGAAGUUAUGGAUAGCUAGUGCUUUUCUUAAUCAAGGGUUUGACUUCGAGACAUCUCCAUUGGCCUAACGUAAUAUUGUACACUAUUUAUAUGUCGUUAAGCAAAGAAAAAAUGGCUAUGGCGCGUUGCCGUCCACAUACCUUGUGGCUGACCUACAUUCUGGAUUAAAUGUUACAUGAAUUAUAUAUUCAUUAGUUAAUUUUUCGAGUUUAAUGUAUUGGUUAACGAUAAAGACGUACGCAUUGCCGUUA